AUGGAGGAGGAAAAGAAAUGUCCCCGUUGUGAGGGUGAGCCGCAGCCUGGUCCUGGCUCCCGAUCCUGUGAACCGUGUGCUCCACUGUUCAGGCCUGAGCCUUCCACAUCAGAAGGCCACAGAUAUCAGGAAAGAAAGGAGAGGCUAUCCAAAUUUGAGUCUAUUCGUCAUUCAAUUGCUGGGAUAAUUAGGUCUCCAAAGUCUGCACUGGGCCCUUCAGCACUCUCUGAUAUGAUCUCUAUAACUGAGAAGCCCCUGGCAGAACAGGACUGGUACCAUGGUGCUAUUCCCAGAAUAGAGGCACAAGAGCUGUUAAAACAACAAGGAGACUUCUUGGUUCGAGAGAGUCAUGGGAAACCUGGUGAAUAUGUCCUUUCUGUAUAUUCUGAUGGACAAAGGAGACACUUUAUCAUUCAAUUUGUUGAUAAUCUAUAUCGAUUUGAGGGCACUGGGUUUUCAAACAUCCCUCAACUUAUAGAUCAUCACUACACAACGAAACAGGUCAUCACUAAGAAAUCGGGUGUAGUUCUGCUGAAUCCUAUUCCUAAG